CAUGAAAUAGAAGAUUUCCCAAUUCAUUUCAUUGUGCCGCUCUAGCCGUAUACAUCGUGUCGUCUUUUUGUUCCUAACAAAAAAUAUUACUUCUUUUAAUUUCUGGGAAAGGGUUCGAUUAUUGUAUCGUGUAUUUUUCACGCGCGACUAUUAACGGAAAUGUCGAUCCAAAACCUAAACACUCGCGAUCCCCUUGCGGAUGCCUCAAAGAACAACGACGACGAUGUCCAGGAUGGACUCAUCCACAUCCGCAUCCAGCAGCGCAAUGGUCGCAAAACUUUGACCACUGUCCAGGGUCUGUCGCAGGAGUACGACCUCAAGAAAAUCGUGCGGAGCUGCAAGAAGGAGUUUGCCUGCAACGGCACUGUCCUCGAGCACCAGGAGUACGGGGAGGUGAUACAGCUCCAAGGCGAUCAACGGGAGAACAUUUGCCAGUGGCUGACUAAGAUCGGAUUGGCCAAGGUCAAUCAACUGAAGGUCCAUGGAUUUUAAGGGCGGAGCGGAUGGGAUGGGAUAAUUGCAAGUUUUAGUCUGCAACAGUUCAACAAUCAGUCUGCCAUCUAAAUGAGAUUCUACAAUCAAGAACUCUACAAAAGUACACCAAUCUACAAUCUACACCUUCAAUCAAUCUACAAGAGUUCUUAAGUUUACAAUAUCUACAAUAAAUAUGCAAAAGCUAAAUAUGCUACAAUC